AAUUAACUGUCAGUGUCAAAAAAAUAUACGUCGAAAUUAUACCUAGGAAGCAGCCCUUCUGAUACAAAAAAGCAAUUUUAUUGCGUGGUAAAAAGUUAUUCAAAAUGACUGCCGUGGUCAGGGCUGGGCAUUUGGCUCCAUAUUUUAAAGCAUCGGCUCCAGUAGUAUCAAAUGGGCUCAAAAUUGUUGCGGCUGUUCCAACACCCGUCGACAAAUUGGUAGUCAAACCUUUAGAAAACACAUCGACCGUUCAAUCUUUGCACGGUGCUUUGCCUGUUCAGGGGCUAAAGCCUAAAUGCAGCACUCGUGCACCUUUCCAAGUGCGCUUCGCUCACACCGAUGUUGCAGUGCCCGACUUCACAGCAUACCGUCGCAAGGACAACCAGAAUCCAAGGGUGAAGGCUGAAGAAAGUGUCAAUGAACGUAACUCCUUCACAUAUCUUAUUGCUGGUGCGGGCAGCAUGGCAGGAGCAUAUGCGGCCAAGUCGAUUGUUACACAGUUUGUCUCUUCUAUGUCUGCCGCUGCUGAUGUUUUAGCCUUGGCUAAGAUUGAAGUCAACCUGGCUGAGAUUCCAGAGGGCAAGUCGGUCACCUUCAAGUGGAGAGGCAAACCGCUGUUCAUUAGACACAGGACGCCCGAAGAGAUCGCCACCGAGAGGGCCGUGCCCCUAGAGUCUUUGCGCGACCCUCAGUCAGACGACCAACGCACCCAGGACCCCAAGUGGCUCGUCAUCAUCGGCGUCUGCACCCAUUUGGGUUGCGUGCCAGUCGCCAACUCCGGAGACUUCGGCGGGUACUACUGUCCCUGCCACGGGUCCCAUUACGAUGCCUCCGGAAGAAUCCGCAAAGGACCCGCCCCACUCAACUUGGAAGUGCCCCCGCAUGCUUACGACGGCAGCCUUCUCAUCGUAGGCUAAGCGUACUGUAGCAAAUCUAUUUAUUAAGCGUCAUAGUGAUCAUUAAAUAAAUGCGAUUCGAUAUUGUUUUUUAUUCAUUUGUUCCUAUAUAAUUUUGUCGUCAAUUCGAAGUCGGUCUUUCGCAUCGUAAGGUAAGCGCCUGUAGCAAAUCUGUUAAUAAAGCACUAAAAUAAAUGUACACCUCAAAGUGGUCAUUGAAUAAAUGCA